AUGAAAGCCCUCUCCGUGCUCUGUCUCACCCAAGCCCUGGCCUCAUUGGCGUUGGGGUUCUCUGACCAGGAACCUAUACUCGAUGCUGUCGAGGAAGAGGCCCGACAGAAGUGGGACUUCUUUUGGGGAUAUUCAGGGAUAUCAACCUUUGGCCAUCUGCCUCACAAGCGAUGCCUGGUGGAGCCGUAUGAGCGGUUUGACAUUGGUGUCAUCGGCGUGCCUUUUGACACGGCUGUCAGCUAUCGACCGGGUAAGAGAGGCGGAAAUACCCCUUCUUUUUUGUCUGUUGAGAUACUGGUUAGAGUCUUGAGACUAAUUCGUUCAUCAACCGUAGGCGCCCGGUUCGGCCCCCGGGCGAUCCGCGCAGCGUCGAACCGCCAUCUGCCCAGCCGUGGGUUCAGUACGUACUCUGGAUUGAAUCCGUACAUGUCAUGGGCCAAGGUGUUAGACUGUGGCGAUGUGCCCGUGAACCCAUUCGACAACGACCUCGCGCUGCGGCAGAUGACCGAGGCGCUGGAGGAGCUGAGUGCCAAGCGGCAGACGACGUCAGAUCGCGAGGAUCUGAAGGUGCCCAAACUUCUCAUUCUGGGCGGGGACCACUCAAUCGCGCUGCCGGCGCUGCGGGCGAUGAACAAGGCCUACGGUCAGCCGGUCGCAGUGGUGCACUUUGACGCGCACCUCGACACCCUGCACCCCAGCAGCUACCCUAGCGUGUGGAGUUCCAAGCAGACCGAGUUCACCCACGGAUCCAUGUUCUGGCAGGCCGGGAACGAAGGCCUGGUGCUCAAUGAUUCCUCCAUCCACGCCGGCCUGCGGACACGCAUCACGGGUGACGACUGGGCAGACUACAUCCGCGACGACGAGCAGGGCUUCCUCCGGCUGACGACCGAGGACAUCGACGAUAUCGGACCCCAGGGCAUCGUGGACCGGAUCAUCGAGCGGGUCGGUACGGAGCGCCCGGUCUACCUGUCGAUCGACAUCGAUGUGCUCGAUCCUAGCAUUGCCCCGGGCACGGGGGCGCCCGAACCUGGUGGCUGGACGAUGCGCGAGAUGAACCGCAUCAUCCGCGGGAUGGACAAGCUCAAUAUCGUCGGUGCAGACAUUGUCGAGGUGUCGCCGGCGUUUGACGACCACACGGAGAACACUGCCUUUGCCGCCGCGCAGCUUGGAUACGAGAUUAUUUUGAACUGGGUCAAGAAGGGACUGGACAAGGCGCCACUCACGGAGCAGGAAGCCAAGAUCCUUUCGGCGGAGCAAAAGGAGGAGGGGACUAAGAUCCACACGGAGCUGUAA